AUGGCCACGCGCAUGACCCCACUCAUGGCCGUGUGGUUCACCCUCGAAGGCGGCGAUCUCGCCGCUGUGCCCGAGCUGCUCAUCGUUAUCGCCGUGCUGGGAGUCAUGACCCUCUUUCCUCGCAUCCAAGCGCGGUCCAACCUCGCCCCCGUGGCCGUCGUCAUCGCACUCAUCACGUCCCUUCGCCCCUUGGUGCCCGUCUCGCUGCUCAAGCCAGCCCAUAUCACUCGCGCGUGUAACAAGACUUGGGCCGUGCUCGUAUACCUCACCGCUCGCUACGACCCUUUCCCGGACAGGAUAGCGGCUGACCGCGUCCUCAUCACCCUCCUUCCCCUCAUUGCAUUGUUAUUUUUUGGUACAGAUGACGGACGCCGCAUGCAUCGGAUCGAGAUCUGA